AUGUCAUCAUCGAUGAGUAUGCAAAGUGCAAGUGGAUUCUCUUCUGGAACGCCAGGAGGAGGGCCCAAUCCAGCGGAUGAACAGACUGAACCAGCAUCAACAUUAAGCAUUUUUGCACUUGAUUACAAAAAACACGAAGAUAUCAAACACAUGUUGGACAGUAACAAAGAUAAUUUAAAAUUGGAAGCUAUGCGACGAGUAAUUGGAAUGAUUGCCAAAGGAAAAGAUGCAGCUGAUCUAUUUCCUGCUGUUGUAAAAAAUGUCGUUUCAAAGAAUAUGGAAGUCAAAAAACUCGUGUACGUUUAUCUAAUGCGCUAUGCAGAAGAACAACAAGACCUUGCUCUACUUUCUAUUGCAACAUUUCAACGAGCAUUAAAAGAUCCCAAUCAAUUAAUUCGCGCAAGUGCACUCCGUGUUUUGUCAAGUAUUCGCGUGCCAACUAUAGUCACUAUCAUGAUGCUUGCUAUUCGAGAGGCUGUGUACGACAUGUCACCCUAUGUGCGAAAGACAGCUGCUAACGCUAUUGCCAAACUAUACGCUUUGGAUCCGGAAUUGAAAGAAGAAUUGAUUGCGGUUAUCGUCAAAUUGUUAGCAGACAAAACAAUCUUAGUCAAUGGUAGUGCCGUGCAAGCGUUCGAACAAGUGUGUCCAGAAAGAAUCGAUUUAAUCCAUAAAAACUAUCGACGUUUAUGUAAUCUGCUCGUCGACAUUGAUGAGUGGAGCCAAGUGACUGUGUUAAAUAUGUUAACACGCUAUGCACGAACUCAAUUUGUUGAUCCAAAUAAGACUGUCGAAGAUGAUAAAAAUAAUUUUUAUGGCGAUGAAAACAACUCGAAAGAAAAAAGUGAAAAUGAUGAUGAAGAUUCCUUGGAGAAACGCACAUAUACUAUGGAUAGUGAUCAUCGGUUGUUAUUAAGAUGCACAAAACCGUUAUUACAAAGUCGAAAUUCAGCUCGUCGAUAA